UUAUCAAACUGUUCAACCUGUUAAUUUGGCUCUUUGUUAUUAUUUAGGCUUAGAAUCAUUACAAAAGUCUCAAUGUUAUUAUAUUCAAUUCAAAUCUUUAGAAUUACUUAUAUCUCUUUCUUAUCAGGAGCCUAAGUGGUUUAAAGAUGUAGUACAUGAAGAAAUAGAGAAAUUUAUCAAAUUACUACCAGUAGAUUCUCAACUAAAAUUUCAAAACCUAAUUAAUGAUAUAAAUCAAAAGCUUCAAUUAAGUAAUGAAUUUAUGGAACAAUUUAGCAUAAAUUAUGUAAAGAAAUCAAUAAUCAAGAACGAUAUUUCAGAUCAAACAUCUAAUUCUUUAUCAGAAAUAAUUGCAGAAAACUUUACCUGUAAGAUUACUAAACAAAUAACUGGAGAUUUUCUUAUUUUAUCAUGCUGUGGACAUUCUGUUAGCCGUGAUGCUAUUAAUAAGUGGAAAAAUAUUUCAAUUGUUGAGAAUAAAUUAUUUGAAU